UGAAAAGCUAGGCGUGAGGCCUGAUGGUUCGUUUAUCUGCUCUGCUCCCCCAGAUCCCACAGCAGACGGGUAUCAGAUCUUGGCUGACCAGAUAGAAGGUAGUCGGAGAAGCUCAACUCGCCGCUCUGGUCGGGGGGAAGCUCUGGCACUGCGCUUAGGGUUUCCCGGGUUGUUUCGUCUGUUUCUACCGGUCCUGCGGCUACUCCUGUUUGUCGGGCUCAGACUUCACGCGAAGCGUCUGCCCGUGGUGCUCUAUCUGGCUCUCGCCGAAGUCAAGCUGAUUUUGAGGCUGGGCUAGAGGGGGUGCCAGGUGAGGGGGAUGCUGGUCAUGACUCUGGGGAGGUGGCCAACGAGGUCACUGACCAACCUGGUGGCUCUGGGUCUGUGUCGGAGCCUUUUGAUAUCGAAGCUGAGGAGGCUUUUGUUCAACACCCUGGGAAACAACCUCGGAUUGAUGAAGAGGUUGAAGUGCCUCGUCCUUCCCUUUCUGUGGCUGAUCCCAAUCGUAGUAACACUUCUGGGAGCUCCCUUCGACAGUUCAUCGAGCAAGAGCUUAGGGACGCCGAUCCUCUGGCUGGCUGACGACCUUGAUCUGCAUAUUAGUGGUCGCCAUGGGGAGUUUCUUGAAAAGAAAUAUCUUGAUAUUCGCCCCCACGUCGACUCUGAACUGGCUUCUAUCUUUGCUGGCCCCUCUGCUUCUGACCGUACCUUCGUUCCUCGUUGGGAUGUUUCAGAAUCUGAGACUUUAUAUGGGAACUACCCUGAGAAGGGUGGUACUUUUGCUCUUAGGAUGUUGCGAGGUUUGCAGUUACCUCCUGACCUUCCUAGGGAGCGCCUAUAUACCCCCGGGGCUAACGCGUGCCAGAAGGUCAUGGAGGGCUGUGGCAGAGUAUCUCUCUCGUCAUCUUCCAAACAAGUUGUCUCCUGAUGACGUAUUCCUCACACUUGGUUGCACACAUGCGAUUGAAGUGGCACUUUCUGUUCUAGCUCAUCCAGGGGCCAAUAUACUGUUACCAAGGCCGGGUUAUCCAUACUAUGAGGCUAUGUCGUCCUACAUAGGUCUUGAAAAUCGCCAUUUUAAUCUUCUACCAGAAAAGGGCUGGGAGGUUGAUCUUGAUGCAGUUGAGGCUCUAGCUGAUGAGAAUACUGUAGCCAUGGUCAUUAUAAACCCUGGAAAUCCAUGUGGGAAUGUUUACACUUACGAGCAUUUGCAGAAGGUGGCAGAAACUGCUAAAAAGCUUGGGAUUCUUGUGAUUGCCGAUGAAGUGUAUGAACACCUUACAUUUGGAAACAAUCCAUUUGUACCAAUGGGUGUUUUUGGACAUACUGUUCCUGUUCUAACACUUGGUUCUAUAUCAAAGCGAUGGAUAGUUCCUGGCUGGCGUGUUGGUUGGCUUGUGACCAAUGAUACCCAAGGCAUAUUGCAGGAAUCAGGGCUUGUGGAGAGUAUUACGAGCUUCCUGAACAUCUCUUCUGAUCCAGCAACCUUCAUUCAGGGUGCACUUCCGCAAAUAUUUGAGAAUACAAAUGAAGAAUUCUUUUCCAAAAUAAAAAAGACACUAGGGCAAGGUGCAGACCUUUGCUACGGGGAAAUUAAGGGGAUUCCUUGUUUUACUUGCCCUAGUAAGCCAGAAGGUUCUAUGUUUGUAAUGGUAAAACUCAAUUUGUGUCUGCUAAGUGAUAUACAAAAUGACCUUGAUUUUUGCAAGAAGCUUGCUAAAGAGGAGAAUAUGGUGAUUUUACCAGGUUCUGCUGUAGGCAUGAAGAAUUGGGUGCGCAUUACGUUUGCUGUGGAACCAUCCACACUUGAACAAGGGCUUGAAAGAAUUAAAGCAUUUUCCCUUAGCCAUGCCAAAUGAUCAUAAUAUUUCUUCAAAUAAUCGUUUGAAGAUCUUCAUUCUUUACAGGAUAUCACCUAUUUGCUCCAUUUGUAUACAAAGUGCUGUAAUAUUAUCGUCAUUUCCUCUAGCUUCAUAUUUUAAGCUGUUGGGAUAAUACUUCACCAACAUUAGCCAUUGUCAUAACAUUCAGGUUGUAAAUAGUUUCUUUUUAUUAAAUUAAAUAAGAUGCCGAACGUUGUAACCUUCUACAAAGCACUCACUCUGUCCCUAAAAAGAUUGCCCCGUAUUCGUUUUUUGUUGUCCA